AUGAUAUGAAUAUAACUGGAAUUAUUCAAAUUAUUAUUGUUUUGCUAGUCAUUAACCUCAAUGUAUUUUUUGUUAUAAAAUAUACUUAAUAAUUAAAAGAAUACAAAAAAACGAAUAAAUUGGAACAAGUUUUGGCAUCUUGUCUAAAAAAGCCAACAGAAUGGGUUAUGAAGUGAAUCGAUUUCAGGGUGAUGUUGAUGAAGAAUUAAUAUGCCCUAUUUGUUCUGGAGUUUUAGAGGAUCCAUUACAGGCACCUGUUUGUGAGCAUGCAUUUUGUCGAGUAUGCAUACAAGAAUGGAUAUCACGACAACCAACAUGUCCAGUCGAUCGACAAUCGAUUACGUUUACACAAUUACGACCUGUACCUCGAAUAUUACGAAAUUUAUUAGCACGAAUGUGUAUAUCAUGUGAUAAUUUUGUUUAUGGUUGUCCUAUGAUAUUAAAAUUGGAUGCUUUGGCAUCACAUUUGGAAGAAUGUGAACACAAUCCAAAAAGACCCUUACCCUGUGAACAAGGUUGUGGAUUAGUGAUACCAAAAGAUGAAUUGCAAGAGCAUAAUUGUGUACGAGAAUUACGCACGUUAAUGCAAUCACAACAACAGAAAAUGGCGGAUUUUCAACGGGAACUUACUGAACAAAGGUUUAUUAUUAAGGAACAGAAACGUGAACUGAAACUGCUCAAGGAUUUUAUGCGUGCAAUGCGAUUAUCAAAUCCAACAAUGCGAGCUAUUGCCGAUCAAAUGGAACGUGAUGAAACAAUUCGUUGGAUUGGUUCCCUAACACGAGCACGAGUAACUCGAUGGGGCGGUAUGAUCUCUACACCGGAUGAAAUCCUCCAAACAAUGAUAAAACGAUCUUUACUCGAAUCUGGUUGCCCAUCACACAUCAUCAACGAACUAAUGGGUAAUUGUCAUGAAAGUAGAUGGCCACCAGGUUUAAAUUCAUUAGAAACGCGUCAAAAUAAUCGUCGUCAAUAUGAAAAUUAUAUAUGUAAACGUGUUCCUGGUAAACAAGCAGUUUUAGUCUUCCCUUGUGAUAAUACGCACAUGCCAGAAGAAAUGAUGAUUGAACCCGGUUUAGUUAUGAUAUUCGCGCAUGGCAUUGAGUGACAUUCAAAGUGAUAGUAUAAUGCAUUUAUUUAUUUUAUUAUGAGUUCGUUUUUUUUUUUAUUAAAA